AUGUCUUCGCCAUCGGAAGCUAGUCCUGUCAAUGGGCAUGCUUCUCCUUUGGCGGACGACAGGACCGAGAAUAUAGCCAAUGGCUACCAGAGUGACAGCGACCUCUCCGAUGCCCAACCCGUUAGCCGCGACACUCUAUCUUCCGAUUCCCCAGAUGUACUGGGUUCGACUGCCGUCAAGCCCGAAUUGUCCUUCCAAGAAGCCUCCGAGUCCAGCGACAAUGAUGCCUCUGGUGACGCGGACUUUGAUAUGGAAGCCAGUCCCCAAUCUGUUCAGAGCGACGUUGAAAAUAGCAGGCCGACUUCGUCAAAUGGUUCUCGCCGUGCUCUUAAGCGCAAGAGCGCCCAAGUUACAGAGGAUGACUUCAUGAGGGACAACCCUGAGCUCUAUGGAUUAAGACGAAGCUCGCGUCCUACUCAACGCCGCCAAAUCGUCGAGUCCGGUGACGAGAAUGAUGAUGUUGAUGAUGAUAAUGAUGAUGAUGAUGACUCUGAUGUCGCUGUUAAUCGGAAAGUCGCCAAGAGAAGAAAAAUCGAGCGUUCACAGCCUUCCUCCAAGCGUGAGACGCCCGCCCGUCAGACUUCAGCAGCCGACUCCGACUCCGAUAACUACGGCGGUGCGAAAGCCCGAAGCUUCCAAAAGAAGGCGCGCCGGCGUCAGGAAUUACAGCCCGCACAAGCCCUUGCCGAAAAGAGGUGGUCCAGCCGCAGGGCCGCGCAAGUCUCUGCUGGGGCUUAUCAAGAAAGCGACGGAGAUGAAGAAUUCGAAUCCAGCACUCCCAACCAUUGGGCUGGCGGCGUGGAGGAUAACUCCCCUUACAUCGAGAAAAUCAUCCGCCAUCGUCCGAGAGAUGGCGUUGAAUUGACCCCCGAUGCUACGCGACAUGACUUUGAGUAUUACAUCAAAUGGCAAGGCAAGUCGCAUCUUCACGAUACCUGGGAGACAACCGAGACAGUCGCCGGGUUCCGCGGCUUUCGCCGACUGGAAAAUUACUACAAGAAGAUCGUCGAAUAUGACAUGGACAUGAAGUUUGGCGGUGAUGAGAUAAGCCCCGAACAACGGGAGCAAUGGCUUCUUGAUCGCGAAAGGGAAGAAGAGGCCCACCAGGACUACACCAAAGUCGAGCGCGUCGUUGCUGUCCGUGAUGGUGAGGAAGGCGAUGAAUACUUCAUCAAGUGGAAAGGUCUCCAGUAUGAUGAAUGCACCUGGGAGGCAGCCUCGCUCAUUAGCUCCCACGCGCAAGACAAGAUCGACCAGUUCCUGGACCGAUCUUCUCGCUCCUGGCAGUCGGAUCGGAAGGAGGCCAACGCCGAGACCAGGUCCAGGAUGACAAAGAUCGACAAGCAGCCAUCCUACAUUGAGGGAGGGGAGCUCCGAGAGUUCCAGCUGAAGGGUCUCAACUUCCUGGCCCUCAAUUGGACGCGUGGGAACAACGUCAUUCUCGCUGAUGAAAUGGGCCUUGGGAAAACUGUUCAGUCUGUCUCAUUCCUUAGCUGGCUCCGGAACCAGCGCAACCAGGAAGGGCCGUUCCUGGUCGUGGCACCGCUCAGUGUCAUACCUGCUUGGUGCGAUACCUUCAACCUUUGGACCCCUGACCUCAACUACGUCGUCUAUCUCGGCCCUGAAGCAGCGCGAUCAAACAUCCGCGAGCAUGAGCUGUUAGUCAACGGCAAUCCGAAGAAGCCAAAGUUCAACGUCUUGUUGACGUCGUACGAUUACAUCCUCCUAGACUGGGAGUUCCUUCGGGGCAUCAAGUGGCAGGUCCUUGCCGUGGAUGAGGCACACCGACUGAAGAACCGCGAGUCUCAGCUCUACAGCAAGCUAGUGAGCUUCAACGUCCCAUGCAAGGUUCUCAUCACGGGAACUCCGAUCCAGAACAAUCUGGCAGAACUCGCGGCACUUCUGGAUUUCCUCAACCCCGGCAAGGUAUUGAUCGAUGAAGAGCUAGAGCUGCUAUCCUCGUCGGACAGCAAGGAACCUGCAGACGAGGAGAAGGACGAGGCGAAGCGGCUUGAGACCCAAGCAAAGUUGCAUGAGCUCCACGCCGCGAUCGCCCCAUUCAUCCUCCGACGCACCAAGGAGAAGGUGGAAUCUGACCUCCCUCCCAAAACGGAGAAGAUCAUUCGUGUGGAACUUUCGGAUGUUCAGCUCGAUUACUACAAGAACAUCCUUACCCGCAACUAUGCCGCGUUGAGUGAUGCAAGCAAUGGUCACAAGCAAUCGUUGCUGAACGUCAUGAUGGAGCUGAAGAAGGUCAGCAAUCACCCAUACAUGUUCGCAGGCGCCGAAGACCGAGUUCUGGCAGGCAGCACCCGCAGAGAAGACCAGAUCAAGGGCCUCAUCACCAGCAGCGGCAAGAUGAUGCUUCUCGACCAACUCCUCACGAAGCUCAAGAAGGACAACCAUCGGGUCCUGAUCUUCAGUCAGAUGGUGAAGAUGUUGGAUAUCCUCGGCGACUACCUCCGUGUCCGUGGCUACCAGUUCCAGCGACUGGAUGGUACCAUCCCGGCCGCGCCUCGACGCAUGGCAAUCAACCACUUCAACGCGGAAGGCAGCGACGACUUCUGCUUCCUCUUGUCGACCCGCGCUGGUGGUCUUGGCAUCAAUCUCAUGACUGCUGACACCGUGAUCAUCUAUGACUCGGACUGGAAUCCUCAGGCGGAUCUGCAAGCAAUGGCGAGAGCGCAUCGAAUUGGCCAGAAGAAACCCGUCAACGUUUAUCGUCUUGUCGCAAAGCAGACCAUUGAAGAGGAGGUUAUCAAGCGUGCGAGGAACAAGCUCUUCCUCGAAUACCUCACCAUCCAGGCGGGCGUCACUGACGAGGGCAAGGAACUGCGUGAACAGUUCAAGGAACGAGGUCUGAAGAUUGACGAGGCAAAGACGACCGAGGACAUCCAGCUUAUCUUGAAGAUGCGGUCGCAAAACUUGUUCGAGCAGUCUGGCAAUCAAGAAAAGCUUGAGCAGCUGGAUAUUGAUGCCAUCCUGGAGAACGCUGAGGUCACCAAGACCAACGUUGACGACAAGAUCAACCUCAGCAGUGGCGGCAUCGACUGGGACAACUGGAUGCAAGUAACCGACGUUAAAGUUGACGAGCUUGCGCUCGACUGGGACCAGAUCAUCCCCGCCGAACAGCUUGCCGUCAUCAAGGCCGAAGAGGAUAAUAAGAAGCAUGAGGAGUACUUGGCUAAGACUGUGGAGGAGAAUGCCCCUCGGAAAGCUGCAUUGAAAGGGUCCAAGAAGAGCGCCGAGUCUGACCGUGCCGAGCGGCUUGCCAAGAAGAGGCAGCGGGAGAGGGAAGAGCAAGACGAGCGCGAGGAGCAGCGCGCAUUGAUGUCUGAUCCGCGGCGUCCGCUUAGCGAGAAAGAAACCCGAAACUUGAUCCGCGCUUUCUUCCGAUACGGAUCUCUGGAUGACCGCGAGGAGGAAGUCAUACAGGACGCGCGCCUAACUGAUAGAGAUCGUGACUUUAUACGGACCAUCAUCGAUGAUCUCGUUGUUGCCAGCCGCCAAGCCGUUGACGUCAACAACGACAGGGUUCGGGAGGAAGAGGACAAGGCUGGCAAGCCCCUGGCCAAGAAAGACAAGAAGGCCGUGCUUGUCGACUUCGGCGAAGUUCGCAAAGUCAAUGCCGAGACCGUCGUCGAACGGCCGCCGCAACUGAAGCUGCUGCGCCAGAUUCUGCGGGAUCAUGGCGACAAUCGGACCUUCCGACUGCCUGAGGCAACAAAGUCGGCGCAUUACUCGUGCGAGUGGGGGGCUCGCGAAGACGGCAUGCUCCUCGUCGGCAUCAACAAAUACGGGUUUGGAGCAUGGACUCAGAUCCGGGACGACGCCGAUCUGGAUAUGCAAGACAAAUUCUUCCUUGAGGAGCAUCGGGUUGACAAGAAGGAGGAGCGGAAGAAGGGGGAUGAUAAGGGCAUCCAGUCACCAGGAGCGGUACACCUGGUCAGGCGCUCCGAAUAUCUCCUCUCCGUCCUUCUGGCGAAGCACUCGAAUGAUGCUGCGGCAAAGAAGGCUGUGGAGAACCACCAUCGCAGCAAGAAGCAUCUCAUCAACGGACAUCGGCGUGGCGAGCUGGCGGGAUCUGUGUCCACCUCGCCUGCCCCACAGAUGACCAAGAAGCCGAGCCAGGGCCGCGACCGCGACCGUUACGGUGACCAUCGCAGGUCCCAUAGCAAUGCCAACAAUGAACGAGGCACGCCCCGCCCAGACCAUAAGCGGAAGUAUACAGACGACCACGAGGAGAGGGGUCACAAGCAUCGCCGGGUGGAGGAGAGGGGUCAUACGGACGACCGGCGCGCGUCGGACUCCAAACAUGGCAAGAAGCCCCAAGACAAGGAGAAGGCGAAGGUUGAUCCCGAAGCUCUCGAGCGGCUUAAGCGGUCCCGAGAGAAAGCAGUCAGCCGCUUCAUCGAGCUCUCCAAGGUUGGGAAUAAUCAGAUUGACGUCUCCGACAACCAACAAGUGGUGUGGUCUUUCCUCAAGCCCCUCCAGUCCACCAUCGAGGAAAUUGUGUAUUCAAAAGAAAGGUUCCCGGCGGCUAAAGAACGAGCCAAGAUUUUGGGCGAGGAAAUCCGGAGGUUUGGAAAGUACAUCGAGGAUCUCAGAAAGGGUAGGGAUAGUGAACAACUAGAGAAGAUAGCGAGCUUGGAGCCGCAGUUCUGGGAGUUCUUGUCUUCGAUUUGGCCGCUUGGAGACUACCAGGUGUCGGGAAAGAGACUGCAGCGGAUGUUCGGAAACCUCCUAGAGCAGGAUAAGAAGAAAGCGGAGAAGGCCAACGAGUCUCCACGACCGAGAAAGGCUGAGAGGAACCCGGAUCUUGAGGAUGGCGAGAUCGCCAGUGACCGGGAAGAGAGGCGGGCUCGAGAUCCAUACCGCGAUGACCGGCGAGACUAUCGGCGGGAGGAACGCCAAGAGCCAAAGCGGCCCAACUACUACGAGAAUGGGGAUCGCCUGAACUUCCACCGUCAUCGGAGAGAAGGUGAUCGCGUGGCCUCCCGCCCGUCGUGGCAGGGACGCAGCCCACCGGCUCGAAACAGCUCCUACUGA